AUGGAAUUUAUUACUUUAGUUGAUCAUUCAGAAGAUAGAAAUGCAAUUUCUAGUGGCACGGAAAAUGAUUUAAGUGAAACCGAAACCGAAACUGAUUUUGAAACAGAAACUGAAAGUGAGACUGAUGAGUCUAAUCAAUCUGAUGGUUUGAUCCAAAUUAAACUCAUGUAUUCUGAUGAAAGUAUUCG